AUCUCACUGCUUUAGAGGAUUGUAUCAUCAGAAACAUUAUUCAUUCUUCAUUUGGUGAGUGUAGUCGUACCACUAAUAGUAUCUAAUAAAAUGAGUGACUCCGAACACGGCAGAACAAAGCGAAAGCAUCCCGGAAUUUUGAAACUGGAUCCUCUAAGAACCAGGAGGUUAUCUGGCUCGUCAACUGGAUUUGAACCGUCAACCAUAGUUGAAGAUGUGCUCUCCCCAUCAUCUACCGUAUCACCUCAAUUGUCAGUAACGUGGGCUUUUCAACUUAAUAGUAAUAAUGAUUGCGAUGAAACAGAUGCGCGUAUUGAAAUUAGUGACGAUAGAACGUUUGAGGACAAUAAUUUAGGUAUCAUGAAAACAACUGACAGCAACACAUCGAGAACAAAUAGCAAUUCUGAGAUGCAACAGUUGGAUGACGAGGAUUAUUCCGCAAGCAUAGAUGCAAUUUUUAAAAGAAAAGCUAGUGUUAAAAAGAAACGAGGAUCGCGCGGACAUCGGCGUACUUCAAGUCUAGUUAAUCCAAUCAUGGGAUCCGUUAGAGCAGAAAGAAGGCGUUCGAGUGCGUAUACGACUAGCUCAGGAGAAACUGCCGUAACUCUCGAGGAAGCAAAAGACGAUUCCACACAAGAUAAAAUAUUCGAAAACAUUCGCCUUCAUAAGGAAGUUCUACAAUCCGUUAAACUAGAACCCUGGAGCAUGAAACGCAAGCUAAAGUUAGUGAAGCAGGCAAAAAGUUACGUUUCUAAACAUGAAGGGGCCCUACAGGAACAUUUCACCUCAAGGACUGCAAAGAGUUUGCUUACACAAUUCCACAUUUUUUUAGCCACGAAAUGGCGGCAGAUAUUACGUGAAAUCACUAACCUUUCUACGUACCUGGUCCCAUGGGAAUCCAGGAUAAAGGAAAUAGAAUCUCAUUUUGGUUCUGUUGUAGCUUCAUAUUUCACGUUCCUCAGAUGGUUGUUUUGGGUGAAUAUAGUAAUAUCACUUCUGCUGGUAGUGUUCGUAAUGGUACCAGAAGAAAUUUAUGUUGAUUCUGAAAAAGUGAAAUGUGACAUGAGGAAAACCAUGUCGCGGCAAGAGCAAGAAAUAUCGUCAAAUUUCAGUACAAUAUGGGAGUUUGAAGGCAGAUUGAAGUAUUCUGCAUUAUUUUAUGGUUAUUAUUCUACGUUUUCUGGGGCAAUUGCAUGGGGCUACAAUUUACCUUUGGCGUAUUUUUUGACUGGAUUGGUAGUUUACAUAUACAGUUUCGUAGCAACACUUAAAAAGAUGGCGAAAAAUUCACGAAUGUCAAAACUGUCGUCAAAAGAUGAUGAUUAUGUAUUUUCGUGGAAGUUGUUUACUGGUUGGGAUUAUAUGAUUGGACAUACAGAGACAUCACAAAAUCGAAUGGCUUCUAUAAUUUUGGGAUUCAAGGAAGCCCUACUCGAAGAGGCUGAGAAGAAAAAGGAUACGAGAAAUUGGCGAAUUAUUUUAUUGCGGUUAGCGGUGAACUUUGUUAUUGUUGCUCUACUGGCAGUAUCCGCAUUCGCCGUAGUACAUGUAGUAAAACGAUCCAUGGACAUUAAAGAAACAGACUCGUGGUGGACGCGAAACGAAAUAACUGUCGUUAUGUCGUUAAUAACAUUCUUCUUUCCAAUGUUUUUCGAGGCACUAGGGUUACUUGAGUAUUAUCAUCCCCGAAAACAGUUGCGAAUACAAUUAGCUAGAAUCAUGGUAUUGAAUCUGCUAAAUCUUUAUUCGUUAAUAUUUGCACUAUUCGAUAAGAUUAAUCAUAUGACGGAAGAACUGCGAAAAAUGAAACCUAACUUUUCUUAUGAUAGCCAAUGUUUCAUUUCAAAUAUGAACUACUCUGAUGUAUCAAGUGUAAUUCUUGAUAAACCGUCAUUCCAGCCACUUUUUCAAACAUCGAUAUCAGAUUUAACUAGCAAUUGUUAUAGAAUUGUCGUGGAUUGUGCCAAACAUAGCACAUUAAGUACUGCGGUGGUAACAACUAUGUUCUUAUCAAACUACACAUCAGUGCCGGUCAUGCCAGAGUUUGUCGUUCCAACUUCGAUUUAUGUUAACGUAGAUGAAACAACGCUCUCGUAUAGUUCUAGCGAACUAUCUUUAACUACCGACUACAGAACGUCAACUAUCUAUCCUGCGUUGGAAGCGACACAGACAGAAAUAGUCGAUGAAUAUGACUUCAACUAUGACGAAGAAGAUGCGGCCUAUUAUCUGGAGCAACGCAUGCGUAACUUGCCGAAUGAUCAAUUUGAUGGAAUUCCUAUAAAUAAGAGGGAAGUUAACAACACUUUCGACUACCUUAAUGAUACAACUACUAAUGCCAUAGAAACGAACUCAGUAGCUAAAUUAGUUGAAACUACUUUGUAUGAUACUGAAUAUGAUUUAGAAACAUCAUUUGAUGAAAAACAACCAUACAUAUCCGAGAAAUAUGAUGAGUUGCUUGGUUUAUACAACAAUUCUGGGGAUGAUAUUGUAGAAAAUUCAAAAUGCUUUCAAUGGAUCUGUCACAACGAGACGAAAUCUUCAACUGAGUUUGUCUUGUUUUAUAGUGAAGACGAAUCUACAGAAGCAUCAACAAUGCCACAUACCAUUCAUUCAAUUACUGAUAAACCAACUCACUCCUGGCAACCAUCUAAUAUGGAUAAAGCUCAUUCGAGUGCUCAUGAAGAGAGAAAAUUUAAGAAUGCCGAUAUACGUACUUUAUGCUGGGAAACUAUGUUUGGACAAGAGUUAGCUAAAUUAACUAUAAUGGAUCUGAUUGUGACAAUACUUUCUACAAUGAUUCUCGAUUUUCUACGAGCCUUAUUCGUACGUUACAUGAAUAAUUGCUGGUGUUGGGAUUUGGAAAAAACAUACCCUCAGUAUGGCGAUUUCAAGAUUGCAGAAAACAUUCUUCACCUAGUGAACAAUCAAGGAAUGGUUUGGAUGGGGAUGUUUUUCUCACCAGGUCUGGCAGUGCUAAACAUAUUUAAACUAGUCAUAAUAAUGUAUCUUCGCUCAUGGACUGUUCUUACCUGUAACGUUCCUCAUGAGGUGGUCUUUCGAGCUUCUCGAUCCAAUAAUUUCUAUUUUGCAUUACUGCUCACAAUGCUGUUCUUGUGUGUUCUCCCAGUAAGCUACGCGAUAGUAUUCUUAGAACCAUCCUGGCACUGUGGACCGUUCUCACAAUCCAACCGAAUUUAUCACCUACUCACCAACGCAACCGACAAAAUUGUUCCGGAUAUCAUCACAAACUAUAUUGUUUCUCCGGCUGCAGUUAUUCCAUUACUGGUUCUUCUUAUAUUAAUUAUUUACUACCUUAUUUCACUGACUGGGUCGCUUAGAGAAGCAAAUCAAGAUUUAAAAAUACAGUUAAGGAAAGAACGUACAGAAGAAAGACGUAAAAUGUUCAAAAUAGCUACUAAACAACAUUGUCAACAAAAUGAGAGUGUCAAUGGAUUAUCAAGCUCUUGGCAUAAAGUACUAAACUCGGCACAAUUAAAUACUUACUCCCAAGUGAAUGAAUUCAAAACAUGCGAAAACAGUGACAACAAGCAUCGUGAGUUGCUGCAAAAAAUGAUGAAGAAAGCAUUGCGCAAAGAGCAGAAUCAGGAAACCGAAGACGUGAUACAAACUGUUUGUGAUGAUAAUACUUUGACCAUGUUAAAAUCUAAUUCUGUUUCGAAUACAUCUAACACCAAAAAGAAAAAUUUAGAAUGUGCCAGUGGCAAAAAAUAUAAUUCUGGAAAAAGUAAUCAUAUUGAUAACAAAUCUAAUACAUCUACCUGGGUAGAUAACAUUCCUGUCAUCACAAUAAGCAAAACAUCAAGUGAUGAAUGUAUAAUUGACUCUGAUGUUGAAGAUCCCCAUGAUACUAAUGUGGUAUCAUAGAUGAAAGUAAACUAUAUUUUGUGCAUUCUUCUGAACAAAUCAACGUAAGGCUAGAUAUAACUAACAGAUUUAUUUUGCAACAACUGCUAUCAAGAAAUUUAAUAACGAAAUUUAAUAAAAAUAGUAUUCGCAUAAAUAAAUUUUUGCAGUGGGAAAUUUUUUUAAAACUUGCUACUAAAUAUAAGGACUGUUUUGAAAUCUACUAGUCAUGAGAUAAGUUAGCUUUUACUAUAUCACUAGUGUUCUCAACGGAUUCGAGACUCAGUUUUACAAACUUAAACACGAAAUGUAGAGGAUAAUUUUUUUCGUUAUAUUUCGAAUAUCAUAGAUGUUUAUCGAUGUUGUGUGGUUAUCGAGAAUGGAUACGCGUGUAAUCGCGUUAACUCAAAUAAAAUAUUUUCAGC